AUGAAGAUCCCCAAUGACCGACUGGUGCCUUACGCAGGAACCCUGGUAGGAUUCGCAGGAGAUCAAGUUAUAGCUAAGGGGUAUGCCGAUCUAGAAACAAUCUUCGGUCAAGGCUCACAGAUGAAGACGAUGACUAUUCGGUACUUAGUGGUGAAUGCUCAGUCGUCCUACAACAUACUCAUCGGGAGGCCUACGUUGAACAAACUAGGGGCUAUUGUGUCGACUGCGCAUCUGAAAGUGAAGUAUCCGUUACCAAAUGGAGAGGUCAGAAUCCUCAAGGUGGACCAGGAGGUCGCCCGGAAGUGUUAUUCAGAUAGCUUGAAAGCGAGGAGACGUUUAUAUACCGCACCUGCUGAAAGACACAUUCAUUCCAUCGAGCUAGACCCUAGAAUGGGACAAUUUGAUCACCGACCCGCCCCCGCAGAAGAUGUCAAGGAAGUGGAGAUGAUGGAAGGGAGAAACGUAAAGAUAGGCACCUCCUUAACACCUGAGGACGAAGAGAAGUUAGUCGGAGUUCUAAAAGACAACGUGUCGGCAUUCGCCUGGCAUUCUAGCGACAUGCCUGGCAUUGAUCCAGACUUCUUGUGCCACAGGCUGGCUAUAGACCCUAGCGCGAAGGCCGUGAUCCAGAAGAGAAGGAAGUUCGGCGAGGAAAAACGAAGGGCGAUCACGGAAGAGACACGAAUUUGGGUGAUGGCAGGACAUGUCCAAGAAAUCCAAUAUCCGACUUGGUUAGCGAACGUAGUCAUGGUGCGCAAGAGCAGCGGGAAAUGGAGAAUGUGUACGGACUUCACCGACCUUAAUAAGGCCUGCCCAAAAGACUCAUACCCGCUGCCGAACAUAGACUGCCUGGUGGAUGGGGCGUCGGGAUACGAGUUACUGAGCUUCAUGGAUGCUUACUCGGGGUACAACCAAAUCCGAAUGCAUCCCGCAAACGAGGACAAGACCGCCUUCAUAGCCGAUCAAGCCAAUUUCUGCUACAGGGUUAUGUCGUUUGGUCUAAAGAACGCAGGGGCGACCUAUCAGCGACUGAUGGACAAAGUCCUUGUAAAUCAACUAGGUCGGAACGUGGAAGCUUACGUAGACGACAUGGUGGUGAAGUCGGAAAGCGUCAGUCGGCAUUUUGACGACUUGCAGGAGAUGUUCGACACCAUUGGCAAGUACCAGCUCAAACUGAAUCCCGAAAAGUGCUCUUUCGGUGUCCAAGCGGGAAAGUUCCUCAGUUUCCUGCUGACUCAUCGCGGCAUUGAAGCAAACCCUGACAAGUGCUCGGCCAUCAUCAACAUGAGGAGUCCGUCCACGGUGAAGGAAGUCCAACAACUAACGGGAAGAAUGGCGUCGCUAUCUCGAUUUUUGUCCAGAUCGGCCGAUAAGGUGUUGCCGCUUUUCCAAUGUCUAAAGAAGAAUGACCGUUUUGCUUGGACAACCAAGUGUGAAGAAGCUUUCACAGAACUCAAGAGAUCACUUGCAUCACCGCCGAUCCUAACAAAACCACUACUGAACCUCCCUUUGCUGGUCUAUAUAUUGGCGUCCGACCGGGCAGUUAGUUUUGUUCUUGUACAAGAGCGGGAAGGUUCACAAGCUCCUAUCUACUUUGUAAGUAGGGUCUUACAGGGAGCGGAGACGAGGUACCAGAAGAUUGAAAAGCUAGCCCUUGCAAUACUAGUCACUGCGAGGAAACUGAGACAUUAUUUUCAGAGCUACGAGGUGAUAAUCUGCACGGACUAUUCGAUUCGUCAAGUCCUGCAGAAACUCGAUCUGGCUGGCAGAAUGAUGAAGUGGUCGGUCGAGUUAUCAGAAUUCUCCAUCAAGUAUGAGCCGAGAGGAGCAAGCAAAGCUCAAGCAUUAGCUGACUUCCUGAUGGAGUUGACCCAUCCGGCCGAGGAGCACACGGUCGGUGAAACCCAGUGGAUUCUAUCGGUUGAUGGUGCUUCAAAUCUAGGAGGAAAUGGAGCUGGAAUUGUCUUGGAAGGCCCGGGGGGAAUACUACUAGAGCAGUCAUUGCGGUUCGAGUUCCGAGCAAGCAACAACCAAGCCGAGUAUAAGGCGUUGCUAGCAGGGAUGAGUUUGGCGAAGGAGAUGGGGGCGACAAGCUUAUCAGCUAGAAGCGACUCCCACUUGAUCACCGGGCAAGUGGCUGGAACCUUCCAAGCGAAGGAUCCUCAAUUGGCCAAGUAUUUGGAAAAGGUUAAACUCCUGUCGGAAAAUUUCCGAGAGUUCACACUUAACCACGUUCCAAGAGAGCAAAAUUCAUGGGUCGAUCUGCUCUCCAAGCUCGCAAGCACAAAGAAGCCAGGAGCCACUCGGUCAGUCAUCCAGGAAACUUUGACUCAGCCGAGCAUCAACACUCCACAGGGGAGUGUUCUUUUCAUCCAAGAAGAGCUCGAUUCAUGGAUGGGACCGUACAUUGCAUACUUGACUCGGGGGGAGGUGCUAGAAGAUAAGAAGGAGGCGUCACUGAUACAGAGAGAGUCAGCCAGGUUCGUGGUCAUCAACGAAAGAUUGUAUCGAAGAGGUUUCAGCUCUCCCCUUUUAAGGUGUUUGACCAAGUCACAAGCACAAAGAGUGAUGGACGAAGUGCAUGGCGGAAUGUGUGGAAGCCAUAUCGGAGGACGAGCUCUAGUGUACAAAGUUGCGAGGGCAGGUUACUUUUGGCCGAAUCUGAGGAAUGACUGCGUCAAUUGGGUUCAGAAAUGUGAUGGAUGUCAAAGGCAUGCAACUCUGCCCCCCUCCCCGGCUGAACGACUCCCCUCGAUCCUGUCUCCUUGGCCAUUCAACAAAUGGGGUAUUGAUAUUCUCGGUCCAUUUUCGAUUGCUGUGAGACAGUUGAAAUUCUUGAUAGUGGAUGUGGACUACUUCAGCAAAUGGAUUGAGGCAGAGCCUAUAGCAACUAUCUCAGUAGAGAAGGUUAGAGCGUUUCUAUGGAAGAAUGUGGUGUGCAGGUAUGGCGUCCCCCAAGUGCUAGUUUCUGACAAUGGGACACAAUUUGCAAGUGCGAGAGUUCGCGAUUUCUGUAGGUAG